UAUUUUUAUUUUGYUCAUAGACCAUACAUUUUAUUUAUCAUUAAUUUAGUUAAGGACGUUAAGGUAUAUUCUGUAUAUAAUAUAAAAUAUCUGUUUUUCUUCUACGACUCUAAGUAACUUUGUUAAUAACGUCAACGUAUUCACUUCUCGUCAGUCGUCAACACAGACGUUUUGUAAGAAUCGGAUUGCGGCCAACAAUAAUUGUUACAACAUCAAAAACUAUUUAUCAAUGAACGACACAAAUUUGUGACACUGUUUACUGUACAUUAAACUAUUAUUAAAAAUAAUUUCAUCAAAAAAUGUUUCUUUGGGAUUGGGUUACCGGCGUGCUGGGAUAUUUAGGGUUGUGGAAAAAAUCAGGAAAAUUACUAUUUCUUGGUUUAGAUAAUGCUGGAAAAACUACUCUAUUACAUAUGUUGAAAGAUGAUCGUUUGGCACAACACACUCCAACAUUGCAUCCAACAUCUGAAGAAUUAUCUGUUGGAAACAUAAAAUUCACAACAUUUGAUUUGGGUGGCCAUUCUCAAGCAAGAAAAGUGUGGAAAGAUUAUUUCCCUGCUGUAGAUGCAAUCGUAUUUUUGGUAGACGCUUGUGACAAAUCUAGAAUCAUGGAGAGUAAAAAUGAAUUAGAUUCAUUAUUGCUUGAUGAAUCCUUAUCUAACUGCCCYGUACUCGUUCUUGGUAACAAAAUUGAUAGACAAGGUGCAUUGAAUGAAACAGAAUUAAGAAAUUAUUUUGCAUUGAACCAAACAACUGGAAAAGCUAAAGUACCCAGAUCAGAUCUUCCAGGUCGUCCUUUAGAAGUAUUCAUGUGUUCUGUAUUGAAACGUCAUGGUUACGGAGAAGGGUUCAGAUGGCUGGCACAAUAUAUUGAUUAAUGUUUAUAAUAUAUAUAUAUGCAUAUAUAUAUAUAUUUAAAAAAAUAUAUAUUUUAAUUUUA